UUGGAGUUAAUGGAGCCAGAAGGACACUUAGAGUCAGAGAGUUCAGAAAAAUCUGUCUUCUCACAGCCAGAAGAAGAUGAAGAAUCCCAACAAUCAAAGGUAGCGAGCCGCGAGAACCCUCUCCUGCGGCCUCUUCUCACAGGGGACAUAGAAGGCUUGCGUAGGAUUUUCGAGGACCCCGAAGAUCCUCAUCACGACCAUGCCAUGGAGCUCCUCUUGGAAGAAGACACCGUUGGGAGAAAUCUGUUGUACGCAGCUUGCAUGGCUGGGCAAAAUGACGUCAUCAGAGCCUUGGCAAAGUAUGGUGUGAAUCUGAACGAGAAAACCACUGGAGGGUACACACUGCUACACUGUGCUGCAGCCUGGGGUCGUCUGGAAACUUUGAAAGCACUAGUGGAGCUGGAUGUUGACAUAGAAGCUUUAAACUACAACGACGAAAGAGCUCGGGACGUGGCCGCUCGGUAUUCCCAGACUGAGUGUGUUGCGUUUCUGGACCUGGCAGAUGCAAGGCUGGCUCUGAAAAAAUACAUGACAAAGGUUACUUUAACAAUUACUGACCCAGAAAAGGGACCAGGGAAGCUUCUUAAGGAAGACAAGAACAUUGUCCUCGGUGCGUGUCGGGCAAAAAGCGAGUGGYUGGAAACCCACCCGGACGCGUCCAUUGAUGAGCUUUUUGAGCAGAAACAACUAUUGGAAGAUAUCGUGACUCCCAUCCUGGUAAAAAUGACUAUGACACCCUGUGGAGAGGCCUCAGGCCCCAGCCCCCUCCAGCCAGCCACCUUCCCCAACUUGYCAGGCAUGGAAGAGAGUCAUCCUGGAAGUGGAUUCUUCAGUCAAGCCACUGAACUGAUGCUGAAUGCAGCAGAGACCAACUUUCUCAGCUGA